ACCCGAUGAACAAUCCAUGGAGAUGAUACUGAUGAGAUAUGAUCUAGCACUAAAUCCAGAAUAGAUUGCACGAACGAUGCGCGAAGCUUUGGAAUAUUUUCACUUCAAUACUGUACUACUCUCUGAAAACGAUAAUUUUUCAAUUCGAUCCUUUUUUGAAUAUACCUUGAGAAUUCGAUAUCUCGGCAAUAAAGGCGCAAGGGCACAAAUCCCUAUGGGGUUUUUCAUACCUCAUUGAGGUCUACUUGUCGCCAAAAGAUGGGACCUAAAGGCCUUAAACACCUGGGGAACUUCCCUCGUUAGUGAGUCGAAUGUGUGGCAAUGCUUUUCAAGAUUUGACGGAAAUACUAUCAAUCGAUAGUGUAAAUAAGUUACUCAUGGCCGAAAAAGAUAUUCUAUCUGUUUUCCAGAAAAAAUAUCGAGAACUUGAAACUGUAUAUGAACAAGCAUGUCUUCAUCUUGCUGAUGGUUCUAUGAUGCUCAAACCAGGUCUACGUUUGGAUUUCGAUCGUUUUAUGUCUUCUCUUCGAAAUGUAAACGAUCAUAGCCAACAAUAUGCGAAUACCCAUAUUUCUAAGGAUGAUCUUAUUUCAUCAAUGAGAAAACUGAUAGAUUCACAUCGGUUGAAUCAAACGAAUGGCACAGGAAAUAACUGUUCAUUUCUGCAAGCUUUUAUUGAAAAUAUCUCCAAUAAUCUUGUGAGAAACAAGAACAAUUAUCGAUACAGUGAAUCUGUGCAAAACUUUGCACAUGCAUUGUAUAUUUUAGGUGGACGAAAUUGUUACGAGUUCGUACGAUUGAAUCUACUAGGUGCACUUCCGGGAUUAAGUACCGUAAAUGAUAGUUUAAGAAAAGUGGGAGGUAAUAUCGAAGAAGGUGUAUUUCGAUAUGAUACUCUACGUGAUCAUCAAAAACUUUGUAACUAUCAAUUUGCUGUUUGUUCGGAAGAUUCGACUGCAGUAAUAAAUAAAAUUACUUACAAUAGUAUAACUAAUACUUUCACAGGAUUCUCAACUCCAUUGAGGUAUGGAAUUCCUAUAUCCCGACACUUUCACACGAAUUCGUUUGAUCAGUUGAAAGCAUGGUGUGAGAAUAAUGAUAUCGAGCCAAAAGAUCGUCAGAACUAUGCAUCAUGUUUAAAAAUCGCAAGUGAUGAUGUUCUUCUAGCACUCGACGAUGUUGAUGAAUCUCAAUCUACACGAAUUUAUUUAUUUCUCUUACGCAGUAUCAUAACAGCUUAUGUCGACCAUAAUACACCGAUUCUCAAACGUUUUUAUCAUAGCUGGUUUGCCGUAUUUUUGUGCCGAAUCUGGUACACCUGGCUGCAUGCAGCUGAUAAGAAGGAUAUGUUAAGAUAUUACUACGAGAAAGAUAGAAAGAAUUUAUUUAUUACUUCACCAGCACAUUUUUCUAUUGAAUUGAAUGCACACAGUUUGCUUUCGAUUUGUCUACUCGUAUGUCAACAGACUUUACCUGAUUCUGUUUUAACAAUAUCAAACUAUCAUUCACAAUCUUGUGAAUCUACAUUCAGACUUGCGAGAUCAAUUUCAGGUGUAUUUUCUUCUGUUGUAAAUUUCACAACAGACCAAUUUUUGAAGCGAGCUGGUAAACUUUCUAUUUUCACUGACCUCGAGAAUCGAAGUCAGUCAGGUCAACUAGACUGUCCGAUUGAAUUUCCAAAACAUCAUAAACGGCGGCGAAAAAAUGCUGCUAUGAAAAAAUUAGUUUCUGAUUCAUUAUUUACUGAUCUCUCUCAUGAUAGUAUACGCAAAAUUAUUAAACAGGCGUUUGACGAUGCUUAUAAUCUUCUCUCAAAAGUCGAUAUUAAUAUUGUCUUAGAGAAAAAGAAAAAAAGUAACAUGAAUCAAAUCAGUUCCUUUCAACAUACUGAAUUUGAAAAGAAAUUCAAAAAAGCUGGAUACGAAGGUGACGAGAGUUACCUUACCGAUGAUGAAGAUGAUGGAUCAAAUCGUGAUCAAUCUGAUACUAGUUGGUUAAUGAAUCUGCAAGGACAGGAUUCGUCUGAUGACGAAGAUGAUUUAGUUUCAGUUUCAGCAAAUGAUAAGUCCGAAUUUAAUGGAAUGAGAGUGUUUGAUACUAUCUCGCCUUCAUUAGCUAACUCUUACUUUCGUAUUGAAAUUGAUGGAAAGGAAAAGUUCAUCCACAAGCAAACUGCUUGUUGGUUGUUUACUGAUGUCAAAGCUGAAUUAUCAGCUGAUCGACGAGUACAACUGGAAUCCUGGGAGUACGAAAUCCGCCGUUUCUCCCUUGGUUUAUUUGCCAUUCAUCAUCUCAAACUAUUUCUCGAUGAUACCGAAGGUGACACUGAAUUAGAACAACAACUCAAAUGUUAUCUUUUUGACAAAAUGACAAAAUACAUUGAUGACGAAAAAGAACAAAUGCGUAUGUUACGGUCGGUUGUACAUGGAUCGAUGAACAUGAAGGGCAAACGAGCGACACUUGUUGAAGAAUUUCGACGUUAUUGCCUUCUAGCUGCAAAAUUCAUGGAGUUGAAGCAUGCUGAUUCUACAGUUUUACAAUUUUGGUCGACAUAUGCCCGUGAAUUUCCGAUCUUGUCGUCUUUGUCCCGCCGCUUUCUAGCUACACCUGACACCAGCGUUCCUGCUGAAGCCGGGUUUCAAUCUCAAGUUUUAUCGGUCGUAAAGAACGAUCUCGUUUAA